GGUACCGCUGGGCUGAGUACUACCAACACAGACCAAGGGUUUGCCUUAUUGGUUUAGUUCGGCAUACAGGCAUGCAAGCCAAGCUGGCCAAGCAACAUAGUAGCUCAUCCCGUGUAGCUCCAACGACGCAGUGUCCAUUAGAUUGACCAUUCAGCUGUUUGUUUGCCUUCGAACCUGCGAACUCGAUAUCGCUUUUACCUAAGGGAGAACACGAAAAAGGAUGAGGAGGCUUGCAGCUCUCCACAUGGAACGUAUCAAUCCAAUAAGCUGCCAGCUAUGCUUGGUAGCAACUGUCACUUACCGACCCGGGUCUCUCUAAUUUUCUUUUCUUUUCUAUCUUCACAUUCCGGGACUGCGACCUGCUUUCCUCUUGCAUAAUUUCCGGCUUCGUGAAAAGCCAGGAGUAUAGUCGCAAUGAAGUCACUUUUCCUAUUGUUAGCCGUGGCGGCUAGGUUCUCGCCUAUCUACGCUCAGACAGAAACUAAGGGAGGGGACGAGCCCACGGCUACCGAGUCAAAUGAGGCGGUCACGCAUACUGUCCGGGUCGGAUUGCAACAUGAUUUUGAGCCUGAUACGAUAAACGCAAACCCCGGCGAUACGAUACGGUUCAACUUCUACCCCAAGAACCACUCCGUCGUUCGAGCAGACUUCAAGAAGCCCUGCAUACCAUGGGAAUUAACCAAUGACCCUGCUGAGAGCUUCUUCAGCGGCCCGGUGGAACAAGAUACGCUGCAGACGCCAAUUCCUACUUGGGAUUUAAGGGUGAACAGUACAGACCCAGUCUUUUUCUAUUGCUCCGCACCCGGGUCUUGUAUUGAUUGGAAGAUGGUUGGCGUCAUUAACCCGAAUAAGACAUUCACUUUGGAUAUCCAAAAAGAGUUUGUCGCGAACUCGACGUUUCAGCUCAGCCCAGGUGAAGAAUUCCCCGACGAAUCAUCGCCCACCAGUACAGCAGGGUCGGGUAGUAAUCCAACGUCGACGCCCGAAGACUCAUCCGGUGGGUCCGGGGGAACAUCACUCUCCGGCGGGGCUAUCGCGGGGAUUACUAUCGGAGGUGUUGCUGUUGUCGCUAUCAUUAUCGCCCUAGUCUACAUCCUAGGUAGGAAAGGUGGAAUCGAAAAGGGUUACCGACGAAGCAAGUUGAUCAAUACGGCGCCGCCGCAGAUAGUCGAAGCGAACUAUAACGACUAUGGUGCCAAGAGUCCUCCUAUGGGCUCGCCUUACGCCGUGUCGUACGCGGAUCCGUACAGAUCGCCAAGUCCGGGGGCCAUAAGCUCUCAAGUUGGAAGCCCGCAUAAUUCGUACCUGGGGCAUCCGAGUCCUGGGAUUCCACCAUACGGUCCUGCCAGCCCUCCUUUUCCUGGGCAGGAACAAUACCCAUUGUUUGAGGCACCUGAUUCGCAAAGGAAUCCGCCAGUAGAACUCCCCGGGAGCAUGGAUCAUCCACAUUUGCGUUAAUAAAUAACGUAUACGAUUUAAAGCAUAGCAUCUACAUAGAUUGCUGCUCGGAUACCUUCAGGUUAUUCCGCAUAAAUACUGUAAUGGAAAAAUGGAGGGUUGGAUAUUGGAUACCGAUAUUGCAUUAGCAUGGCGCUGGGGGUUUUAUUGACUAUUGCUGUUUCCAUGAUACCUAAAUACACUGGUGCUAUAUUCAUAUGCUAUAACGAUAUUUAGGUUGUCAUGUUGGUUAGGACGGGAAAUGGGCGGAAUAUAAGCCUGUGGUUUAUAUGGAAAUGAAAUUGCCUCACCUAAUACGGAACGGUACCUUAGUGAAGUGAGCUUCGCGAACCCCCAGGGCGAGAUAGGAAGAUGUACUUUCCCUAUCUUUGUUCUCAUCGAGUUGGUCCGUAUAGGUAACUGAGAGGCGCCUGGUAUUUUAUAUUCCGAAAUGAUGGUUGAGUGUAUGUAUAUCGAGUCGCUUAGACAAAAUCCCGUCUUCCAGAUGUCGUUUACAAAGCUACAACCGUGUGUAUUUAAGGCUAUGAAUAAG